AUCCCCUAUCCAAUCGCUCAGAUCCCUCUUGCUCUGACCUGCAGCAGUAGAAUUUCACGGUCCAAAAUUCAACUCGUAUUUUAGGACUUUGUUUCGAUCUAAGAUCAUUUUCGCGAAAUGAAAUCUUUGCAACAAUAUAUCGGUGUGUUUGUCACUUUGUUGAUGUGCUUUGAACAAAGUAUCGCACUCAAAUGUUAUGAAUGCAACAGUGCCACAGAUAAAAGAUGCAUAGGCGAUGAAAACAACAAAUUAUCAGAUGACUUGAAGAUUACUUGCUUAGAAAAAUCUCCCCACGGAGAUCAUCCAUAUGUUUUGUGCAGAAAAAUCAAGCAAGUUAUAGAUUUCGAAGUGAAUGGCUUGAAACCAGACAGCCGAAUCAUAAGGACGUGCGGAUGGGAUACGUCGACCCACCAGAACAAAUGCUACCACAGGUCAGGUUUCGGUGGAAGACAAGAAGUCUGCGCAUGCGAAGGAGAUGGAUGUAACGGAGCUUCGGCAAUGUACACGUCCGCCACAUUGAUUGGAUCACUCCUCAUGUUCCUCAGAAUAUAUCUGUAAAACAUUGUUUACGGUUGAAAAAAUGAACUAUCAUCAAACACAAAGUUUUUGCAUUCACAUCUAAAAAAAAAAUUCGAUUACUAUCAAACUAAGAAUAAGAUUUCAUCUGGAUCUAUGAGAUUUUCUAACAGUUAUUCAAGACUAAGAUAAGGUGUCGAGAUCUUGUUUCGAUUUACUAAUUUCAAUCAUAUUUAGAUUGUCGCAAUGCUCGUUUUCAAGACAAUACUUACAUAUAAAGAGUUGUAGGCCAUUUUGGGAAUUUGCACAUCAAAGAAUAAGAACUUGGAGCAUAGAAAAGCAUGAUGAAGUAAUGUUUUUGAAAAUGUUAGUUUGCUGUGUUAGGUGGUGAGCGUGGUAGAAACUUUAAUAGUGAAAACGAGCUUUCAUUCACAUUGUUGAUAAAUACAAGAAAAAUUACAACAAUAUUAACCUUAUUUUGGUAGAAUUCAAAUAGGAUAAGCUGAUAUAAUAUUUUCUGCUGAGUUGUGGGUAUCUAAAAAUCACGAUUAUGAUUAUUUAGUAUUAGUUAUUAAAAUUUUGCUUCCAACCACGUCAACACACUCUGAGAGAAAAAGAGUCUUCCUGAACUUCCAAAAUAAAGCCUUCGGAAGAACAUUAAUUAAUAAUUUAAUUUGAAAAAAUAUUUACAGAGAAUGAAUGUUCAUUUAGCUCAAAAUGGCUCAAGCAAGCUGGAUAUAAAAAUCCUAGUGAUGAAAGGCUCAAUGCAUUUGCUUUAAAUUGAGUAGAUAUUAUUUAAACGGCAAUAAUUCUAUCUGGGUUUUAAACAUAUCACUAUGUACUGCCAUAGUUUCAGGAUAGUGCUUCUUGAAUUGAGAACAAAUCAUCGUACGAGUAGAACAAUAAGUUAAAAUGUUUUAAAAUAUAGUAUAACUGUUUA